GCUGACUCCAUUUCCUUAAGGAAGGGUUUUUUUCUUUCUCCCUCCCCCACACCGUAGCGGCGCGGAGCGGGCCGGGCGGGCGGCCGAGUUUUCCAAGAGAGAACUUCACCAAGAUGUCCAGUGAUAGGCAAAGGUCCGAUGAUGAGAGCCCCAGCAGUGGCAGUUCAGAUGCGGACCAGCGAGACCCAGCCGCUCCAGAGCCCGAAGAACAAGAAGAAAGAAAACCUUCUGCCACCCAACAGAAGAAAAACACCAAACUGUCUAGAAAAACCACUGCUAAGUUAUCCACUAGUGCUAAAAGAAUUCAGAAGGAGCUAGCUGAAAGAACCCUUGAUCCUCCUCCUAACUGCAGUGCUGGGCCUAAAGGAGAUAACAUUUAUGAAUGGAGAUCGACUAUACUUGGUCCACCAGGUUCUGUAUAUGAAGGUGGUGUGUUUUUUCUGGAUAUCACAUUUUCGUCAGAUUAUCCAUUUAAACCACCAAAGGUUACUUUCCGUACCAGAAUCUAUCACUGCAACAUCAACAGUCAGGGAGUCAUCUGUCUGGACAUUCUUAAAGACAACUGGAGUCCCGCUUUGACUAUUUCAAAGGUUUUGCUGUCUAUUUGUUCCCUUUUGACAGACUGCAACCCUGCGGAUCCUUUGGUUGGAAGCAUAGCCACUCAGUAUUUGACCAACAGAGCAGAACAUGACAGGAUAGCCAGACAGUGGACCAAGAGAUACGCAACAUAACUCACAUAAUUUGUAUGCAGUGUGAAGGAGCAGAAGGCAUCUUCUCACUGUGCUGCAAAUCUUUAUAGCCUUUACAAUACGGACUUCUGUGUAUAUGUUAUACUGAUUCUACUCUCUGCUUUUAUCCUUUGGAGACUGGGAGACUCCCCAAAAAGGUAAAUGCUAUCAAGAGUAGAACU